UCUAGACGCAUGGAGGAAUAUGUUGUGUAGUUUCUAGGAUAGAUUAUAUUUUCUCCUGGUAUGAUUUUUUGAGAUGAUUUUUUGACAAUAUUUUGUGAUGAUUUUUGGCAAUAUUUCAUUUGUUAACCAAAAUAAUUGAAGAAAAAUAUUUUCAUUUUAGAGCUAUACCAUGUGUGAACUAGCAAUAAUGGAAUGAUGGGAAAUAGGAAAUGGAGUGAAUGAGUAAUCAUAAAUGUUUAAAAAUACGAAAAGAAGCUGGUGUAUGGUGAUGUUUUUUAACUAGUCUCAAGUUCUCUUAUUGCUAAAUUCAAGCUUUAUUCUCUAUAUUUUUCUUUUACAGUAAAUUCUGAGCCAAAGCGUUUGUCCCCUUCAAUUUUAUGGACGUGAGCAAUUGUUAUGUGAAUUUGUUGUGAAUAGAAGUAUGCAGCUUUAUAUCUUACCUAUUUAUCUUGUUACCGUAGCCUGAACUAAAGGAGAAAUUGGCGAGGAUGUAUGAGGUUAAAGAUCCCAAUGCUAUCUUUGUGUUCAAAUUCAGGACCCACUUUGGUGGAGGCAAAUCUACUGGUUUCGGCUUGAUCUAUGAUUCUGUGGAGAAUGCUAAGAAAUAUGAGCCAAAGUAUAGACUCAUCAGGAAUGGUCUUAAUACCAAGGUUGAGAAGUCUAGGAAGCAGCUGAAGGAGAGGAAGAAUAGGGCUAAGAAGAUCCGUGGAGUAAAGAAGGCUGGAGAUGCGGCCAAGGCUGGGAAGAAGAAAUAAGUUUCUAGGAUUUUGUGCAUUCCUGGUGUAUGAAUUACACGGGAAGAGCACUGUCUUUGCUGUGGAGUUUCUGUAUCAUCGGCUAUUCUUGUUGUACCUUAGUCUAAUUUGAAAAUUUCUCAAGGUUGAAUUGUUAAAAAUAUUGUGGGAUGUUUCUGUCAGAUUCUAAUGAAGUCUUAUCUCAAUUACAUAUCUUACACGAGUUGAUGAA